ACAUUUUUCAACCUUCAUGGACCCACCAAAAUAUACUCUCUUCUCUUCUACUUCUAUUUAAUAUCAAAAACCCAUCUUUCUUCCACCCAUUUUCUUCCAUUCCAUUGCCUAUUUUCUAGUAAAUUUUCCCUUCAUAACCCACAAAAACUAAGUACCCCAUUACAAAAACAAAACAAUAUAUACAUAGAAUUAAAAUAAGAGUAAUGGGUAAUCAAAGAUUCAAGCUUUCAAAUAUGAUCCCAAAUGCUUGGUUUUACAAACUUAAAGACAUAAAUAACACCAAAAAUCCCAAAUCCCAAUCCAAAAAUCUCAAAAAAGACCAAAUCCCACCAGUUUCUUCAUCAAAUUCCACUAAAAAAAUUACCAAUAAUAAUAUUAAAGAUAACCCACCAAAAAUUUUGAACUAUGAACCUCAUUUUCAACCUAGAAAAUCAUACCAUAUUACAAGAGAAAGUAUUCCUUCAUCUCAAGAACUAGAAUUACUUCCUUUUUCUCCUUCACGAAGAUCAAAAUCAUCCACUAAAUCAAAAAAAUCAAAUUCUUACCAUUCUAAAUCAAAUUCGUCAUCUUCUACUCCUCUAUUUGAUGAUACUCUUCUUAAAACAGAGCAUAAAACAGAGGAUUUCGAUAUCGUUUUCGAUAUCGAAAAAGAUUCAUUAUUUACUAAAAUUAACACAUUUGAUUUAAAACUCCCACCAAUUAUUACUACACAAGAACAAAAACCCAGAAGUUUUUCCCCAUCUCCAAGAAAAUUUCAAGAAAAAGGAAUGAAAUUAAAGGUAAAUUCUCCAAGAAUAAAUGGGAUUUCUGGUAGGAAGAGUAUGAAUUUGAAGAAAAGAAGAAGUAUUUCAGAAAGUUUUGCAGUUGUGAAAUCUUCAUUUGAUCCUCAAAGAGAUUUUAAAGAAUCAAUGGUGGAAAUGAUUGUUCAAAAUAAUUUAAGAACAUCAAAGGAUUUAGAAGAUUUGCUUGCUUGUUAUCUUUCACUUAAUUCAGAUGAGUAUCAUGAUGUUAUCAUUAAGGUUUUUAAGCAAAUUUGGUUUGAUUUUAGGCACCAAAAAUAAUGAAGCAUAAUAUUAAUUUUUUGAGAUAAUAUUCGAUUAACAUUAGUAUUAGUUUUAUUUUAAUUAUUUGUAAUAUUCUAGGUAAGUUCACUACUAAUCCAUUAUAGUAGAUUAGUAUUAGUUUGAGUACAAAAUUAUUGUAUGUAUGAUAUUUUGUCUUUUUAAUUAGGUUUUAAUAUAAUCUAAAAGAUUAAUAAUUAAUUUAUGAAAUUGUAAACAUAAAUAGUUUGAUACGACAUCAAUCAUGCAAUUUUUUAAG